GCCCUACUAAAACAAGAGAGAAAUGGCAGGACAGGUGAAUCCAGACUUGGCGAAGGAGAGACAAAAUGCCAGUUUUAACACCCAGGAACUCACCAACCUUCUUUAUGGCGGGGCAGAAAAAGUGAGAAGAAGGCGGUACAUCGAAUCCCUAGCCAUCAGCGACCCAGCAUACAGUAGUGAUGAUCCCACCUUCAUGUCCAGGGAAGAGCUGUACAGCAGCGGUCUGAAACGUUGCAUCACCAUGUUACAACGUGUCAAGGAACUCAACAUUGCAGAGGAGGAUCUAGACACAUACAGAAAGUAA